CAGCUAGAGGAGCGCAGUGAAUUUGCACCGAGCGGCUAAGCUAGCUACCUUUGCUCAGUGGGGCGGAAGCUCGGCCAGCCGACGGGUGUGUAGCAAUGCCAAGCAACACUGUCGGAAACCUAAAAAGGAAAACGCAUCAGCAGGAGAAACACACGGGCGGACCGAUCGCACGGACCCAAACUGAGUGGUAACGUUGUUACAAAUACAGGAGAAUGUUCUAGCUUAAAACGUAUUGCCAGCUAUCGAUGGCUAUUUUGUCUUGUUUGUAAAAUAGUAAAAAAGAGCUUACUGGUAAGGAAAAAACAAAGGGAAACACAACCCAAAGUCUAAUGUCAGGCGACGGCGGAGCAACUCUGUACAUACACUGUUAAAACUAGUCACUUUGAAAGAUGUCACCAGGAGACAACCCACACGUUUUACUGGGGAGGAUUCGCUUUCUAAACGAGUGCAUCGAGUGCUUCAGGAGCAGCAAACCCCUCCCGGAGGCUCUGUGCUUCGUUCCCAGGGAAGUAUGCUACAAAAUCUGCAAAGACUCGUCGCCCCACUCCAUGAUAUCGUUCUGUUUGUCAUCUGGCAACUCCUCGGUUGGAAAGACCCUGAUUUCGGUUUGGGAGAGUCCCUCUCAAGCCCCGCAGAGUAAGAAACUAUGCAAGUUCAACCUGGAGCCAAAGAAGGGGACGUGUAUCCGGACCACGGGGGAGGAAUACUGCAACAGUUACGGCCUUUGGGUCAAAAUAAACAAGGAGCAGCUGGAGGAGCACCGCAGCGGGCUGGAGGUGGAGGAGGGCUGGAUCCUGGUGUGCAAGCACACGGAGGGCGGCGACCGGCUGGUGCCCGUCGAGUCCCCGGACACCGUCAGCAGGCAGCAGCAGCUCUUCGGCUACGACCACAAGCCCUGCAGCAGGUGGGAGCAGGUAGUGGACGCUGAGUACGCCCUGCACCUGGGCUCCAGGCCCAAGAUCGCCGAGCGUGAUGAGGCUGCCGUCCAGAAACUCAGGUAUGUGCCCCCCACCUGGACGUUUGAGUGCGACGAGGAUCUGGUCCACUACUUCUACGACCACAUCGGGAAGGAGGACGAGAACCUGGGCAGCGUCAAGCAGUGUGUGAUGAGCAUCGACGUGUCGUCCUGCUCCGAGGACCCCAGCGGCGGAGCGGGCUGUCUGACGGACGGGGACACAGACACGUACUGGGAGAGUGACGGCAUGCAGGGCCAGCACUGGAUUCGCUUGCACAUGAAGAGAGGCACGGUGGUCAAGAAGUUGAUAUUGUCAGUGGAUUCAACAGAUGACAACUACAUGCCCAAAAGAGUUACAGUGUUUGGGGGAGAAGGAGACAACUUGAAGAAGCUGAGCGAUGUUACUAUAGAUGAGAACCUGAUUGGAGAGGUGUGUGUUCUGGAAGACAUGACAUCACACUUACCAGUCAUUGAGAUCCGGAUAGAAGAAUGCAGAGAUGAAGGCAUCGACGUGCGGAUCCGAGGCCUGAAGAUCAAGUCGUCCUGCGAGCGGGACCUGGGCCUGAACGCCGACAUGUUCCAGUCGCCCAACUUGGUGCGCUACCCUCGGCUGGAGGGAACCCCUCCCGACGUGCUGUACCGCCGUGCGCUGGUCAUUCAGAGGUUCAUCACGCUGUUGGACAGCCUGCUGCCUCACCUGCUCCCCGCCUGGGACUUCAGCCUGGGCACCUUCAGCCAGAUCAAGCACAUCAAACAGUUCCUGCUGCUAUCCAAGCGGCGCUCGGCCCUCAACACCCAGUGCCUGAAGGACUCGGAGACCAGCAAGCCCAACUUCAUGCCCCGCCUCUACAUCAACCGCCGCCUGGCCAUGGAACACCGCGACAACCCCUCUCUCGACCCCACCUGCAAGAGCGCUGUCUUCUCCCAGGUGUAUGAGGGUCUAAAGCCUUCUGAUAAGUACGAGAAGACUCUGGACUACAGAUGGCCUGCACGCUAUGACCAGUGGUGGGAGUGUAAGUUCAUCGCAGAGGGGAUCAUUGACCAAGGGGGCGGCUUUCGGGAUAGUUUGGCUGACAUGUCAGAGGAGCUGUGCCCCAGUUCAGCCGAGUGCCCAGUGCCUUUACCGUUUUUCGUUCGAACCUCCAACCAGGGUACAGGUGAGGCCCGGGACUGCUAUGUGCCUAACCCCUCCUGCAGGGAGUUCCACAAGUUUGAGUGGAUCGGCCAGCUCAUGGGCGCAGCACUCCGUGGGAAGGACUUCCUGGUCCUGGCCCUGCCUGGCAUCGUGUGGAAGCAGCUCACAGGAGAGGCUGUCAGCUGGAGCAAAGACUUCCCAGCUGUGGACUCUGUGCUGGUGAAGCUGCUGGAAGCCAUGGAGAACAUGGACAAGGAGACGUUUGAGCUGAAGUUCGGGCAGGAGCUCCCGUACACCACUCUGCUGAGUGAUGGCCGGCUGGUGGAGCUGAUCCCAGGUGGCGGCAGCAUCGUGGUCAAAUACGAGGACCGCAAGGAGUUCAUCCGGCUGGUGCAGAAGGCCCGGCUGGAGGAGAGCCGGGAGCAGAUCGCGGCCAUGCAGGCAGGUCUGGUGAAGGUGGUUCCCCAGGCUGUCCUGGACCUCCUGACCUGGCAGGAGCUGGAGAAGAAGGUGUGCGGAGACCCUGAGAUCACCGUGGAGGCCCUCAAACGCCUGACGCGGUACGAGGACCUGGAACAGACAGACACUCGAGUGCAGUACUUAUGGGAAGCACUGACCAACUUCACUAACGAGGACCGUAGCAGAUUCCUGAGAUUUGUGACUGGGAGAAGCCGUCUUCCAGCUCCUAUUUACAUCUUUCCAGAUAAACAAGGCUCUGAAACUACAGAUGCACUCCCACAGUCAUCUACCUGCUCAAGCACCCUUUAUCUACCAAACUACCCCAGUGCAAAGGUCUGCGAGGAGAAGCUGCGUUACGCUGCGUACAACUGCGUGGCAAUCGACACAGACAUGAGCCCCUGGGAAGAGUGACACCGCCCCCUACAGGAGUCCUGCUCACCUGGAUUUUAUAUACACUAGCUGUUGCUAACUCUGUUCAUAUUACCAUAUCAACACAA